UAUAUAGAUGCGGAGAGUGUGCGUGCGCGGGGGCGGACAAAUCACUCGGAACUGCGCUGUAUGUGUGCGAUGGGAAGGGCGCUCGUUUCAUUUGGCGCUUUUGUAUAACGUACCUACAUAUGUCAGAACGUAAAGACAUGUAUAUAUAGCUAUAGUAUAAUGUAUAGUAUACACUGCAUAAGAUAAGCGGUCACGCUUGUUUAGAGAUUGGAGAUGGAAAUGUAAAGCGCGAGUGUGCGCGACAGCUUUAUAUUUAUCGCCGUGUACUUAAUAGGCAUGGCAUGAUCUCACAAGACUGUGUUUUUGCACAAUAUAGAAGGCAUCUUUACUCAGCAGGGUGCGGGAUAUAUAUAGGCAGAUGGUUGGAAUGAUUAGUGAUAUAUAGAACGCAGAAAGAGCGAGCCGCGAAUUAAGAUGAGCGCGAGAAUGUCUGCCCCCUGGCGGCUACUGGUCGACGAAACGAAAUUUGUUUAAUACAGUUCAAGAGUAAAACAUAAAUAAUAAGUUCCCAAAUGUUUAAAUAUAACUUUUUUGUUCAUGUAACUUUGUGAAAACGUGUAAAAUAUUAUACAUGUACGAUAAUCGAUUCUAAAUCGGUUUUCUAAAAACCAUCUAGAAAUGAUUAUUACAGAAAAGCGCAGGGACAUGUGAAUAUUUCUACUAAAAUGCAAAAGUCUAUGGAUAACAAUAGAUGAUCAUUUUUAUCAUAUUUUUAAUAAAACCAGAAGUACUAUUACCCUAGUUCUGUUAAGAUAAAAAAAGUUAAAGUUUUAUCUUAUAAACGACUCCGAAAUGAGUUCAAAAUUAUAAAUGAUAGUUUAAACAGAUUUCAAAUUUCGCGCGCAAAAGUUACCGCCAUUCACAUCAUAAGCUGGUUGGAAGAUGGCUGCUGCAUGUAUAUCUAUAUUUAUAGAUUGUGUUUUCUCGCGCGCUCGUGUUGUUUAUUUAUGUUGUCUUAUGUACUUAUAGUCGUUACUCGUUAGCUAUGCUAGGUAGCUAUUGUUUACAAAGUAAAACGUUUUAAUGUGUAGACAAAUAUAACAUAGCAUUGUUCAUUCAAAAUGCCUGGCAGUCCAACUUGCAAAUUUCAAGAAGGUGAACGCGUUUUAUGCUUCCAUGGGCCGUUAAUUUACGAAGCAAAGUGCUUGAAAACUAACGUAACAAAAGAAAAGCAGGUUAAAUAUCUGAUUCAUUAUGCUGGAUGGAAUAAAAAUUGGGAUGAAUGGGUACCAGAGAGUCGUGUUAUGAAAUACAAUGAAGUUAAUGUUCAACGCCAAAAAGAUCUUCAAAAGACACAUGCAGCCCAACAGAUUGGCCAGAAAGGCAAAAAAUCAACAGUGUUUUCAAAAGUUAGUUUGAAGGGUAAAGAAGUAAGCAAAGAUAAAGACUCGGAGAGUAGGUCUAAUACUCCAACACUCACAAGCGAGAGAAUAAACAGCCGCUAUCAAAAGAACAGUGGAUCCAUUACACCGACUUCAAAUGAUUCCUCAUCAGAUGGGCCCAGAAGAAAGCGCAGUCGUAUUGAUCCUACGGUUGAAACAGAGGAGCAAUUUUUAUCCAAAGUUGAAAUUAAAGUUAAGAUUCCUGACGAAUUAAAACCAUGGUUGGUUGAUGAUUGGGACGCAAUCAGUAGACAAAGGAAAUUGGUAAUAUUACCAGCAAGGCACACAGUUGAUAAAAUCUUAGAUGAUUAUACAAAAUUCAAAACAUCAAGUAAAACAAAUACUCCAAAUAAAGAAGUUGCAGUAUUGGAAGUUACAAGAGGUCUUAGGGAGUAUUUCAACGUUAUGUUGGGAACCCAACUCUUGUAUAGAUGGGAAAGACACCAAUAUGGAGAUAUUAUGACUGAAAAACCCAAUACACCUGCUAGUCAGAUAUAUGGAGCUUUUCAUUUGCUGAGAUUAUUUGUGAAAUUGGGAAGCAUGUUAUCAUACACUCCCCUGGAUGAAAAAAGCAUCCAACUUCUACUAUCGCACAUUCAUGAUUUCUUGAGGUAUCUACACAAAAAUAGCAGUGACUACUUUAGUCUUCAAGAUUUUGGAGCAGCACCACCAGAAUAUCAUAGAAAAUGUAGUUGAGAAGAAUUGUAAAUAGGUUUUAUAAAUAAAAACUUUUGAAUCUUUUUAAAACAAUUAAAUUGUAAAUAAAUUAUUAAAGUUUUGGCAAUAAAUCAAAAUUUUUUUAAUUACAUUAGUUUAUUUUGUUAUAUACAAUGAAAAAAACCUGAAUUUAAUAUUUCUAUAAUGAGAAAUUCUUAAACCAGUUCAUUAAAAAGUUGUAGGUAUACGUAAGUAUAAGUACGAGUUCAGAUUUUUCCGCGGGUCGCUUUGACCGCACAUCAGCAAAGUUUGACAAAUCAUCAGCUGAUGCUAUACUUACUAUAACCUCAAAUAUAUAACCUUGCAAUUGUCACAGCACUGAACAUAUACGAUUGAUAUACUGCGGAGAAAAUUGUUUCUUAUAAUCGUCAACUUUACAAACAUUAUUUUAUAAAAACUUUUUUUACAAGAAGAGGAACCAAUAUAUUCGAUAAUGGCAGGUUUUGCCUUAAGACGCUUAAUGGCUGAGUACAAACAAUUAACGGUUAAUCCGCCUGAAGGAAUUAUGGCUGGCCCAGUGAAUGAAGAAAAUUUUUUCGAAUGGGAAGCAUUAAUUACGGGUCCUGAAGGAACCUGCUUCGAAGGUGGCAUCUUUCCUGCCAAAUUAGUUUUUCCAACUGAUUAUCCUCUAAGCCCACCAAAGAUGCAGUUCACAUGUGAAAUUUUCCAUCCAAACAUAUACUCAGAUGGCCGAGUUUGCAUUAGUAUUUUACAUGCCCCCGGUGAUGACCCAAUGGGAUAUGAAAGCAGUGCUGAAAGAUGGAGUCCUGUUCAAAGCGUAGAAAAAAUUCUGUUAAGUGUGGUUAGCAUGUUAGCUGAACCAAAUGAUGAGAGUGGAGCAAAUGUUGACGCAGCAAAAAUGUGGAGAGAAGACCGAACAGAAUUUGAAAGGAUUGCUCAAAAAUUAGUUCGUAAGACUCUUGGAAUUCCCGCAUAAUAUUUUGCAAUGUAAAUUAUUUCAAGAUCAAAAUUCUGACAGGAUGUUGUGUUAUUUAAGCAAAAUUAUUCAUCUCAAAAGUAAUUUUUGAAUAUGGUGAAAGAUUGUUAUUUGUUCAUUAAAAUUGUAAAUAUUUUUUA